GAGAGAGAGAGAAUUUGUAUUCUGUCAAAGUUGUAAUAUUACUUCAUCUACUCUUGAGAGGAGACUCCAGGUAAAAAUAGACUUGUGGGUGUAGGUAUGUUCAAGUUUAAAAAGUUCUUGCCUCAUUAAUGUAUUGUUUAUUUUUUUCAGCAUUUAAUUGACAAAUUAUCCUUUCAAAUAAUUAAUUGAUGAGUUACAUCAUUGUCCAUUUAGAAUUGUUGAAUGGACUGAGUCAAGUUUGGUGCACUUUAUAUAUUUCAAAACAUGUUUUUUUUAUUUUCAUGAUGCAUAUAAAUAAUUUAAAUGUUAAUUUAAUGAAAUAUUUCUAUUUUUUCAUUACCUCACCCUUGUUUUGACGAAAACAGGACCUUGCUGGAUAAUAUCAUGGAGAGACUAUUUGUUCACAGUACAUGGCUCAGUGAGGAUCUGUAUACCAAAGGAGGAGAUACUCAGAAAUCUGUCUGCAGAUUGUUACAACCCAGACUGGAAGUGGUGGGCUGUAAUAAGAAAGGAGACCAAACAGAGAAGUGGGGGUUCAACAGCUGAUUUAUUUAACCAAAUUAAGGAUUUACUAAAUCUGAAAUCAGCUUUAGUCUUCAGUUUGUUCUCAAUGUGCAUGGCAUAACGGAUGGUGGCCCUCGGUAGUUUAGAAACUCUGGAUACGGCCCUGCUGCUGUCUCUCAUCAGAAGCCACGCGAAGCACCGCAGCUAGAGAGGAAGAAGCCAGUGGCUUUUCAAAAUAAUGUAAAAAAUUUAACGUUUCUUGAUAUUUAAAUUAUUUCAAACUACGAUUAUUGUAACUACAGGGGUCCAACAAAGAAUGGCCACGCAUCAUACUGAUGUCUUCGGAUGUUUAUUUUGCUCUCUCUCUCUCAUUGUCUUCAGACACCGUGAAAACUGAAGAAACACAAAGUUUACACCAUAACUGUUUUAACUUAUCAGUCUCUCAUAUCAUUGUCCAUAAACAGUCUCGAGCAAGCAGAACAGAAAGAAAAUGUGCAAUAAUGAAUCACAAAAAUGUCCUCUCAUUACCAGUGUAGAACACAUAUGCAACAUUAUACAAACAUUAUACAUGAAACCAUACCGUUUGCGCCUCUUGGACCACAUGCAGAAUGACAUUAACGUCGAGGCUAUAGACGCAUCUGUAGCCAUGUAUCCAUGCUAUGUUACAGUUGCAGUUACAACAGCAACUGUAAUCACAUAUUUUAAACAUGUUUUUUAAUCAUUGUUACACUUUUAUCAUCUUAUCUAGUAAUUAAAUGAACCAAAUUAAGCAUCUCUCUAUCACAGAAACAUUUGAAAUAAACAACUUUAUUUUAACUGUCUCAGGGACAGUUACAAUUAUGGUUAGCAUAAGUGCGCAAAUAUAGGCUAUAUGUGUCACGCCUUAAGUUGUUGUACAGUAGUGUAACGGGUUACGAUUUGUUGUGGUUGGACUUUUAUGUUGAAGGGAUGUUCUUGGCCGGCUGUGUGCAGAGUUCCGGUUCGGUUGUUUAGAAGAAAACGAGCUAGUGUGAUCGGAGAUCGUUAACGGUGUUUCGGCUGGAGUUAAGACGUUGGCUGCGGCCAACAGUAACCCGGAAUAAAGAUCCGAAACGGAAACAACAAGUUGGAGUCAUUAGCAUCUUUUAGAAAAGGCAACAAAAGUGUGUUUUAUAGGUGUGGUGGCUUUUGUUGAGCCGUGGCGGUGCGACACGAACUAGUUUAGCCCAGCAGAAAGGCCCCGCGGCUGGCUGGACCCAGCACGACACAGCAGCAGAGCGAGUCCACAUCCAGAAGGCUGGAGCCGUGUUUCACUGACAGGCUGUCAGACUAACGCCCUGAUGAGCUCAGCUGGGACAAACUGGUCUGAUGUUUAGGAACACAGAACGCUCAGAUGUUGGAGCUUCACGUCACCUACUGAGGACCACCAGUAAAGAGACGGCGUCUGGACCAGACCAAAAUGUUCAGCAAAUGGUGCUGAUUUAUGAAGCAGCCAGCUCCUGAAGAACUGAGGCCUCUUUUGAACCAGAAGGACAUGGAGCCCCUUGACAUGAAGGAGGAAGAGGAGGAGCAGCUUGAUGAGAUUAAAACUGAUGCCACCAACAUUUCAUUCUCUGCAGUUUCUCAUCAGUUUAAGGUAGAAGGAAGAGAAGUUCUGUUGUCACAGUUUGAUCAGAACCAACCUAAAGACAGAGAUCUUCCAACCAGCAGCACCACUGACCAGAUGAAAGCAAAAAGUGAUAGAGAGGACUAUGGAGGAGCAAAACGUACCAGGAAUCUAGAUCUAAAACUUUAUAAAGAUGAUUCCAACUCUUCAGAGACUGAAGUCAGCCAAGAUGAAUAUGAUGACCAGGAUGGCAACAAUUCUGACUGUCAGCUAAAGCCUUUUGCUUGUGAGCUCUGUGGGAAAAGAUUUUCCCAAAAGACACAUCUGAACAUUCACAUGAGAGUCCACACAGGACAGAAGCCUUUUGUUUGUGAGCUCUGUGGACAAAAAUUUACCCAAAAGUCAAGUUGAAACAGUCACAUGAGAGUCCACACAGGACAGAAGCCUUUUGUUUGUGAGCUCUGUGGAAAAAGAUUUUCCCAAAAGACACAUCUGAACACUCACAUGAUAAUCCACACAGGACAGAAGCCUUUUGCUUGUGAGCUCUGUGGACAAACAUUUGCCCAUAAGGGAAGCUUGAAGAGACACAUGAGAGUCCACACAAGACAGAAGCCUUUUGCUUGUGAGCUCUGUGGACAAGAAUUUAGCCACAAGUGCAAUUUAAACAAUCACAUGAGAGUCCACACAGAACAGAAGUCUUUUGCUUGUGAGCUCUGUGGACAAAAAUAUAAACUUAGGCGUAAUUUUGAAGUACACAAAAAAGUCCACACAGGACAAGAUAUAUGUGCUUGUGAGCUCUGUGGACAAAGAUUUGUCCGAACUGAACAUUUAAACAGACACAUGAGAGUCCAUACAGGACAGAAGCCUUUUGUUUGUGAGCUCUGUGGAAAAAGAUUUACCCAAAAGGGAACUUUAGACACACAUAUGAGAGUCCAUACAGGACAGAAGCCUUUUGCUUGUGAGCUCUGUGGACAAAGAUUUAGUCAUAAGACAAGUUUAAACAGUCACAUGAGAGUCCAUACAGGACUGAAGCCUUUUGUUUGUGAGCUCUGUGGACAAAGAUUUGCCCAAAAGGGUACUUUAGACAGACAUAUGAGAGUCCAUACAGGACAGAAGCCUUUUGCUUGUGAGCUCUGUGGACAUAAAUUUACCCAAAAGUCAAGUUUAAACAGUCACAUGAGAGUCCACACAGGACAGAAGCCUUUUACUUGUGAGCUCUGUGGACAAAGAUUCGAACACAAGGGAAAUUUAGACAAACACAUGAGAGUCCAUACAAGACAGAAGCCUUUUGCUUGUGAGGUCUGUGGACAAAGAUUUAGUGUAAAGUCAAGUUUAAACAGUCACAUGAGAGUCCACACAACACACAAAGCAUCAGUUUAACUCCAAUGAUUAUUAUUGUAAUUCUCACAUCUUUAAUGUUUAGUUUAGUUGUUUAGUCAGUGGUUUCAGGUUUGGUUGGUCAACACAAUCCUCCCAGACCUCCUCCAAGUGAAACUGUCCCACAUGAACGUGCCUGACCCAAUUCUGACGGACAGGAAGCAGAAAAUGAGGGUGGGGAAGAAUGUCUCUGACCUGCUGACCAUCAGCACCAGUUCUCCUCAGGGUUGUGUUCUCUCCUCUCUGCUCUUCUUCCUGUACACCAACGGCUGCACUCAAACCACGAGUCUGUUGUAAUGUGAUGAAGGAGCUAUUCCACCAAAGGUUUUUUACCCUCUCUCCUUAGAUGCCUCUGACAGAACUAAUCUGCAUGAGACUGCCUCAAGGUCAUGCAUUUUUUUCUUAACUGCUUCCUUUCCAGCCCAAGAGAAGAAUGAAGACAAAUAACUCUUUCUUUUUAAUAAAUCAAAGAACUCUAUUUUUAAUAAAGCUAAUCAAACAAAGUGUUAGUCAGUAAUAUAAUGUUGACCAAUAUGUGAAAUGACAAUGUUAUGAUUAAUAUGUUUUAAUAAGUAAUAGGACUUAAUCUAGCUGCACUAGUCAUGCUGAUCACACGUAAUGUAAACGCAUGACACAUUGGUUUUACUCAUCCAAUCAGAACCAACCUUUCUGAAGCGUGGCAUAAUCUCUGUGGUGUUUAUAAAUCUUUCCCAACUUUGAUUCGACCAGAAAUCAAAACAUCCAGAUUGAUAAAACCAGUACCCACGCCAUCAUAGGGCAGUUCACCGCAUUCUAACAGAAGUAUCAGACCGGCCACCCGGACUUCCUUUUUAAGCAAAGAACCAACAAGCUGGAUAAAAUCUGUUGCAUUUUACCAACCAAGCAACGGUUCCUUUCAGAAUAAAAGCUGAACUCACUGACCCUCUGGGUUCAUCUGACGCUGUCAACCAACUGUCGCUUUUUACCUGAGACAAUCCAAAGACUAGUCUGUUGUACUGCUGGCACUGUUUCAUCAGCUCCGGUACCAAAGGGGGGCUCGAGGACCUGGCAUUCUGGAUCUGUACGGAGGUCUCAUCUGAAGGGUAUGUGUGGAGCAACAACAUGGCGUCUCAUGUGUUUAUGAAACUCCAAUCAUAGCAAAAGCAAAACAGCACAUCACUCAGACUUGCUUCUCCGGAUACGAGAGUUCUGAUGACAACAUCACUCACACAUAAACCAUUCAUCUCACGUCUCAUCCACACCAAGAUCCGUCCAUUCACUUAGAGUUUAGAGUUAGUCUUGUUUAAAAUUGUUUAGAAAUAAACCUUCUUAAACGUUUUAAAGGUGACUCUCUCUUUUGUUGUCUCUCAGUUAAUAUGUUUACAUAAUCCCUGCAAUAAAAGAUUCAAUCGUCUGGUUAAAAGUACCCAAAGAUCCAUAAGAUUGAUUUCAUAUUUACUAUGGAAUCUCAUGUCUUAUGGUUCAUUAAAUAGAUGUAAAUUAACCCUUGUCACUGUCUAGCUUAACAAGUUUGCGGACAACCCCACCGUCAUUCAAUUCAAGUUUAUUUAUAUAGCGCCAAAUCACGACAAGAGUUGUCUCAAGGCACUUCACAUAAUAAACAUUCCAAUUCACAGUUCAUUAAGCCAAUCAGAAAUAAUGUGUCCUAUAUAAGGAACCCAGCAAAUUGCAUCAAGUCACCUUUACAGCAAUCCUCAUACAGAGCAAGCAUGCAGCGACAGUGGAGAGGAAAACUCCCUUUUAACAGGAAGAAACCUCCAGAGAAUCCUGGCUCAGUAUAAGCAGCCAUCCUCCACGACUCACUGGGGAUGGAGAAGACAGAGCACACACACACACACACACACACACACACACACAAUAAUGUGUCUAUAGCUCUAUUGUGAUAUCUUAGUAAAUAUUCUAUUUUGUGAGAUAAACUUUAUUGUAUUUAUCCUAGUGGAUCUCUAAUUAAACGGGUAAACUAGCAAUAGCACGUCCAACGUCAAGGAAAGCAAAAAGUUAUCAGGAGAGGGAGAAUGUUUAAGUGGUUUAUCAUCUGUAGGCAGACUCAUCGGGGAUGCAUCUCCCAGUCCUCCAGAAAAACUCCUGCCUGCUUCCGUCUUUUUCACCUCAAAAGUAACUUUUUAACUAGCAGAUCAAAUUGAUCUAUUGACCGCAAAAAAGCAGAGUGUGCGCCGCGCUGCACUGCGCGGCUGAGCCAUUGGCGAGUGCUGCUGCACGAGUGCGUCCACACGUCAUGCUCAAAUACAGACAGAACUUACCAGAGAGAAAAUGAACGGACACGAAUGACUGUGUGUUAAUUAUAUAUUUUUUGGUGACACCACUUAGAUCUGCACACUGUGGCUGUGUGCAGAACGCAGCUGGAGUUCAUGAAUAAUCAGCGGUCUGCCUGCCGCUCUGCUCUAAAGAAUCCCCGCUACGCUGAGUCCAUGUAAAUAAUACAAUAUAGGUAGAAACUGGAUCUCUUUUGUGCUCCUUCUGGGUGUGUAAGUUAAGGGCAUCAGGGGAGCCUGACAACCUUUAAGGAGAACCAAGGUGCUCUCCUGUAAUUUGAACCCAGUAUCCAACUCCGAAUCGGGGCUUGGAUCGGGAAGUAAAGCCCGAGUCCCGAUCAGUCUGAAACCACGUGAUCGGGGCCGAUUUCCGAUCAUGUGAUCGGAUCGGGACAUCCCUAUCAUCCACAUAAAGCUUUUAUUUUGAAGGUGCCGCUAACAGGAUGUGAUGUGUGGAGUGUUAAGAGGGAAGAGAGGGGACAAAGUAGCUGGAGUGUGUAAAACGGAACUAAUGGUGGCAUUAAACACUGACCCUGAUAGUUCACGGCUAUCGUCCGCCCUUGAGUGGAAACAGCUUUACAUCCUCUCUAGUCUCUCUUCCCAUCUAACACUUUAUAAAUAAACUGAACUGAACUAAGAACAUCAAGAGGGAUGAAAUCAUUUGUUCCUCCAGAGAACUGAUUGUUGAAUUCCAGUAACAGAUGGAUCAGUUUUCUCUUUGUCCCUAAAAACCUGCAGCUGUGUGAUUCCAGCUAAAUCUGCUCUGUUGAUCGUUUCCCUCAGACCUUCAAGUUUCUCUUUCCACUGUUAUUGGUCUCAUUCUGUCACCUUUUGACCUGAACCUGUGAUCCACACCUUCAUCUCUUCCUUGUUGUUGCUGGUCCAACUCCAGUCCAGUAGGUGGCGAUAACGCGCCUUCACGCUGCCACAUGACCGGAAGCUGUUAUCAGAGCUAGCUCUUUGUUAGCUACCAGCGCUAGCUUGCUGUGCUGGUGUGUGAGGGGAACCUCUGAGGCUCUGCAGCAACAAUGUCUUCCGCUCAGUCUCUGAGAGAGGUGAUCAGAGAGCGGCUAACUGCUGCUGCUGCAGAAAUCUUCUCCGAGUUUGAAAAAACCAUCGUCCGCUACGAGGAAGAGAUCGAUCGUCAGCGCAGACUGCUGGAGAUCAGCUGGAAACCACAGAUCAACUUACACAGAAUAGAACUCCCACUGCAUUAUGUCAGGACAGAUGUGGAGGUUCAGACUGACCAGCAGCUCUGGAACCAGGAGAGGACCUCCAGUUUGGAGCAGGAACAAGCAGAACCUUUACAGGAGGGACCAGAACCUCCACAGAUGAAAGUGGAGCAGGAUGAGCCAGAACCUUUGCAGAUUGUAAAACAAGAGGAGCUCUGCAUCAGUCCGGAUGAAGAGCAGUGUGUACUGAAGCAGGAGACGGUGACCUCCCUUGUGACUCCUGCUGGUGAGGAAAGAGACCACGAUGAAGCAGAACCAGACAGACACCAACUCCUUUUGUCACUGUUUCCUGAGGCUGAGAUCAGAGCUGCUGCUGCUCCGGGGUCAACAGAACUUCCACAGCAUCAUAUCUGGAAAAAAGAAGAGGUUCUGACUGACCAGAAGCUCUUUGACCAAGAGUCAACCUCCAGUUUGGACCAGGAGGAACCAGAACAUCCACUGAUCACAGAUAACCAGCCAGAAUUCUAUAUCCAUCAGCAUGAAGGGCAGUUCUUUUUGAAGCAAAAACAUGUAACCUUUGUAGAGACUUCUUGUAACGAAUCAGACUGCCAUGAUCCAGAACCCAACAGGAACCAACCCUUGAGUCAGAAUUCUACAGAAGCAGAGAACCAAGAUCAGGGUGGAUGCAGGAAAGAAAACUCCGAAUCAAACAGCAAUGAAGAACUGACACGUAAUAAAAGACGUUUGCGAAGCGAAGAUCACAGAAACAAUGUAGAUGUUCAGACACUAAAAAAGCACAAGAGGGCUCACAUAGGUGAGAGGCCAUUUUAUUGUAAGCUCUGUGGAAAAUCUUUCAGUCACAAGUCUUGUUUAUGUCGUCACAUGAGAAUUCACACUGGUGAGAAGCCAUAUCCAUGUAACACUUGUGGUAAAUGUUUUAUAUUCAGUAGUGACUUGACUAAACACAUGAGAACUCACACAGGUGAGAAGCCAUUUCUAUGUAACACUUGUGGUAAAUGUUUUACUGCCAGUAGUAACUUGACUACACACAUGAGAACUCACACAGGUGAGAAGCCAUAUCCAUGUAACACUUGUGGUAAAUGUUUUACUAUCAGUGGUCACUUGACUAAACACAUGAGAACUCACACAGGUGAGAAGCCAUAUCCAUGUAAAACUUGUGGUAAAUGUUUUACUGCCAGUAAUACCUUGACUAAACACAUGAGAACUCACACAGGUGAGAAGCCAUAUCUAUGUAACACUUGUGGUAGAUGUUUUACUGCCAGUAGUAACUUGACUACACACAUGAGAACUCACACAGGUGAGAAGCCACAUCCAUGUAACACUUGUGGUAAAUGUUUUCCCGACAUCAAUAUCUUGACCAAACACAUGAGAACUCACACAGGUGAGAAACCAUAUCCAUGUAAAACUUGUGAUAAAUUUUUUAGUGACAGGCGUGGCUUGAUUUAUCACAUGAGAACUCACACAGGUGAGAAGCCAUAUCCAUGUAACACUUGUGGUAAAUGUUUUACUGCCAGUAGUGACUUGACUACACACAUGAGAACUCACACAGGUGAGAAGCCAUAUCCAUGUAAAACUUGUGGUAAAUGUUUUACUGCCAGUAGUAACUUGACUAAACACAUGAGAACUCACACAGGUGAGAAGCCAUAUCCAUGUAACACUUGUGGUAAAUGUUUUACUGCCAGUAGUAGCUUGACUAAACACAUGAGAACUCACACAGGUGAGAAGCCAUAUCCAUGUAACACUUGUAGUAAAGGUUUCACUGCCAGUAGUGACUUGUUUUCUCACAUGAGAACUCACACAGGUGAGAAGCCAUAUCCAUGUAACACUUGUGGUAAAUGUUUUACUGCCAGUAGUGACUUGACUAAACACAUGAGAACUCACACAGGUGAGAAGCCAUAUCCAUGUAACACUUGUGGUAAAUGUUUUACUGCCAGUAGUAGCUUGACUAAACACAUGAGAACUCACACAGGUGAGAAGCCAUAUCCAUGUAAAACUUGUGGUAAAUGUUUUACUACCAGUAAUAUCUUGACUAAACACAUGAGAACUCAACACAAGUGAAAGGUAUUUUCCAAGUUUUGUCUGUAUGAGAUUUAGCCAGAUAGUUUCUUUAAUUUCUUUUUGUAAAUAUAAUUGAUCACUGAGUUUUUCAUGCAGGCUGAACAUGAAAAAAGUCUCCUACACCUUUCUCCUGCAUUAGCUUCUGAUAGAAAAUAGAUUAAACUCAUGUAUUUGAAAAGCCUCACAGAUCUUUGCCACACUGUGAAUUAUCAUUCAUGGACUCGACGAUUUUGAUUCACGACAGGGAAGACUGUUGUUGUUUUAACAUCCGGUAAUCAGCAGUGGACGUCUCGGCUAGUUUAAGCUAACUGUCAGCAUUAGCAACUACACUUCACAGCAGAAGGUCCUCCAGGCUCGUGUUUUUUGAGAGAUAAAAUAUCCAUGUUGCAAGUCAGUGGUAGAGUUGCAUUGCUGUUAUCCAAUCCGGGGCGAGAUGUCCACAUUUCAGGAAAUAGGACUCAAAAACCCGCCGUUUAAAGCUCAGCACUGAUGUGAGAAAAUUUUAGGUCUGAGAAAUGGUGCAACAGUAUAUUUGUUCCCCCUGAGAACCAUUUACGAGGUAUUCAAUCCUACUAGAGACCACCGCACUGAAAAAAAUGUCACCCACUCAUUGAACACAUACACUAAUUUCAAAGCUCUUUUAAAGGCACACUGAGAUUUUUUUAAUUUUUAAAUCAAAUUCUAUGUAGUCUAUUAACAAAUUAAUCUUUUUCCAUUGAUGUUUGUAAUCGUUUAUUCUAACUUAGCUGGAAAUUUUACAUUUUAAUAUACAUAAACUGUGGUUGGCCAAUAUUUUAAUUGUUUAGCAUUUUUCAUUAGUCUUUAUUUUCAAGUUUAUUUUUGUUCUGUUUAGUUUUAGUUUCAUCAACUUUUUAGUUUCGGUUUAGUUUUUAUUAGUUUUAAUCAAUUUUUUAUAGGUUUUUGUAAUAUUAAGUUACAUAUCAGUGACAAGACCGGUAGUCUGAUACUGAUAAUAGAAAUUGCUGUGUGUAACCAAACUUUUCAAAACCAUAUUCUUUUUGAACAGGUGAGCUACCAUACAUUCCAGGCAGAAUAACAAAAAAUGAACUGAACAGGAUACAAACCAGCUGCAGAAUGCAUUUUCAAAACAGCAAGUGUAUGUAGGUCAACAGAACUUGCAAUCUCUGAAGUAAAUUAGAUUAAAUAUGAAUAUUAGGAGACAAAAAGUUAAAUGCUGGUUCUACAGUUCUGACAAGACAAUGGAACUGACUGACAAUACAUUCACAAAAACCACAAUAGUGCAGGACACUCCUGCACUAUGAGAUGGACACGUUAACAGCUUGUGUGAAUCUCAGACUAGCUGUUAACUCGUUCAUAUUUUCCUACAAACUGAGGUCAUCCAAAUAGCAUGACAUGGAUUGUUCUAAACGUUUGAACAGAAAUCCAGUUCAAAAGAUCUCAACUGUUCGUGUGUUUCAUGCUGUGCUGAUACAUGUGUGAAUAGAGCCAACCUGACCUGCCACUGAAACGGACUGUCAAUACUGCAACAUAACAGUCAAGCCAUCAUGGGUACAAUGUUUUGGAUACUUUUUGCACAUAUUCUGAUUGUCAAUCACAGUUGUUGGAAGCUUGUUUGAUAUGUUUUUGUAAUUUAGAUUUCUCUUAAUAAAUAAUUUGGUUUUUAAGA